AAUUCUGUUGCACGUGCAGAAACAGAACCGGACGGCGAAACUAUCGCUUCAAAACCCAACUCUAUUGGAAGACAAACGAAGAAAGUAAAAUCUUCAAGCCAAAUCAAUGACGAACGCGAAACUAUCGCUUCAAAACCCGACUCUAUUGGAAGACAAACGAAGAAAGUAAAAUCUUCAAGCCAAAUCAAUGACGAACAGGAUACAAACGAUUCGGAACCUGAGCAUGUUGAAAGAGGAGUGCAAGGACCAGACUCAUUACAAAUAACAGGUGAAACUAUCGCUUCGAAACCCGACUCUAUUGGAAGACAAACGAUGAGAACAGAAACUUCAAGCCAAAUCAUUUACGAACGUGGCAAUAUCGCUUCAAAACCCGACUCAAUUGGAAGACAAGCGAAGGGAGAAGAAACUUCAAGCCAAAUUAAUGUCGAACCUGUUAAUAGGCUAAUGGACGAACGACCAUUGAAAGGUCUUGGAUUUGAUGUUGAUGUAGAUGACUUCGUUUCAGAUACGUCACUUGUUGUCGAACCUCAGAAUAUACCGCGUAUUAGAAUUUCUGGACUUACAGAAAACACAAAUAAAGAAAUGCUUACAAUGUUCUUUGAACUUGAAGAGAAAAAAGGCGGGGGAAAGGUAAAAAAUGUUGAAAUGGGCAACAAGGGGAAGUUUGCUACGAUUGAGUUUGAGGAGAAAGCGGGUGCUGAUGCGUUUAUGCUAAGAGAUCCAAAAUCAAUUCUGGGUAUGGAUGUCAGAGUAGAAGUUUUUGAAUCUGCUUUUGCCGAAACUGCGCAUUCUAACCAAGUCGAACGUGACCUUGCAAGACCGGAUUCUUCAAAGGCAAAAGCUUUUAAUGAAACCGAAGGCCAGACAUUUUAUCAAAUACUGCAAAGGCUUGGGUUGACAGACAAAUUCCCUGGUAAAAUAUCUAUGCGAGAUGUCAUAGCAGUUGAUCCUAACGAAAACAUUGAAGAGAUAAAUGGGAAGUUAUCAUUAACUGAUAUUCCUUGGUUGGUUCUGAAGCGCCUAAUGUGUGCUCAUAGCGAAUCUAGAGACAUCAGAGUGCCAGAAGAAGAAAACUCUGCAGAUAGUUUUAAUUUAGAGGAUUCAAUAUCAUGCUUUACGGAAAUACCAGAUGUCAAUCAAGACAUCAGUCCACUAGAUAUAUUCACUGUCGUUUUUCAAUGCUGUGAUCCAUUUAUGAAACAAAUAUUUGUUCAGAAACUUUAUCUUUGCAAACUUGCUGUACCUUUUUUGUAUAGGUAUUGGGGAACAAAUGAGAAGCAUUGUCCAGUACUCUCUGUUUGGCCAUUGCGGUCCCUAGCCAUAGAGAGUAAGCAAAGUACUGCCAACAAAAAUGAAAUGCAGGGUAGCGAAAGUGAUGUACUUGAUCUUCAAACAAAGGUGGUAGCAUUUGGAAGGUUAGGUCGCCCUCGCUAUUCAAAAUCAAAGCUGAUAAAUAGUCUUCUUUUAAGUCAAGAUUGUAAAACGUUUUUUAAUUUUGACUGUCCCUCUGGAAUGACACCAAGACAACUAAGUAACGGACAAAUUGAAAUGUUUUGGUUACCUACCAUCGAUGAAAGAAAAGAUAGAUUUCAGGAUGCUUUGACAAUUUUGAACUUGAGGGGUGAUUUAGGCCAAGACUUUAGUCAAGACCUUUUAUAUUUCAUAUCACACUUAAUAGAUUCUAUUUUAAUUAUUAUUGACUUAGAUACAGUUUUGGUUCACAGUAAGAUGGUUAAAGAUGUUCUUCUUCAAUUUUCCUCAGUCAUUUUGAUAAUUGCAGACCCUAUAAGCCAUGAUGAAAUUAAACUUUUACAGAGCUUUCGAAGUGCUGUAAUAUCAUCAUCAAAAUCAGAAAUCAAUUUACAAAUAGUAAGAACACAUAAAGGAACUGUUAAACAGAAUGUCGUAGACAUGCUAUCAAGUAUAACAAAAACAAUUUUAAAUCAGCUGAAAACAAAUAAAACAAUGUCGUUUGUAGACAGAUUGUCGCGUGCAAAAUUAGCAACAGUUCAUUCGGACGAAGAAGAUGUGGUUUGUCAACAAGGCAUGCUAGAAGCUACUGAAGUGAUAAAACAAAUGAAAGCUGAGGGUGAACCUAGUGUUUGGAAACAACGUUUAACACCUGUUUACGGCAAAUUUACAAAGCAGUUAGGACAACUUUCAAAAGAUAGAGCAAGAGAGACAGACUUUACAGAAGGAGUUAAUAUUGAUGAAAAACUUAACACACUGAGACGACAACAAAUAGAAUCUAUUACAAAAACUGUUCGAUGUUUUCUCGACAUUCUCAUUAAAAGCAACAGUUCCCCCUCAGUGCUUGAAUAUUUUCUUUGUUGGUUACAUAUUUUUAUUGAAAGAGAAAAACGACAAAUAUUACCCCGGUUGAUGCAUGAAAAUCGAAGUGCAUGGGAAAAACUGAAAGAACUUAAAAGUGCUGACAGUCAGGUAAAGGAGGAAAUAGAGAAGCAAGAAAUUAUCAUAACCGAUAUAGAAGAAAAUAUAGACGAAGCAUCGUUUGCAGUUCAACAUUUUUUCCGUGAAAUUGGUCACAUUUAUGAAGCUAUUUUACAACUUAAUGUAAACACAGAAAAAUUGAGAUUACCAAAUGUACGCCUAAUGUCAAGUAUUAUCGGUCGUCUUGUUGCUGAUGGACACCAAUUAGAGCUAAUUGAUGGUGAGAGCUUUUACAUGCCUUACCUGUGGAUAAAAACAGUCCUGCAAAAGGUUGAUAUAUGUAUUGAGUCCAGUAAAGUUAUGACACUAGGCGUUUUAGGUCUGCAAAGUUCUGGAAAGUCAACCCUUUUAAACACGAUGUUCGGAUCUCAAUUUUCAUCUAGAACCGGUAGGUGCACUAGAGGAAUACAUGUUCAGCUCAUUCCUACAAAAUCUGAACAAAUUUGCAAAUUUUCUAACGUGUUUAGCUAUGUACUUAUUGUGGACACUGAAGGCCUGAGGUCACCCGAGCUAAGUCAUAUGCAGCAUGAACAUGACAAUGAGUUGGCUACUGUAAUAACCGGUUUAGGUGAUAUCACAAUGUUAAAUAUAAUGGGAGAAAAUACAAGCGAAAUACGGGAUAUCCUGCAAGUGAUUGUCCAUGCAUUUCUUAGACUGAAAAUGACAAAUGAAAAAUUAGAUAUAAGGAAAAGUUGUGCAUUUAUACAUCAAAAUGUCACUGACACGUCCGCAUCAGAAAAUAUGGUAAGUGGAUUAAGCAAAUUACUACAAACUUUGGACGAGAUGACAAAUGAGUCGGCGAGAAGUGAAGGAAUACUUGAUAUCACUACCUUUAACCAGGUUAUUGAAUUUGAUAUUAAUAAUCAAGUAUGGUAUCUGAAGAAUUUAUGGCAAGGAAAUCCACCAAUGGCGAGAGUAAAUUAUGAAUACAGCGAAACAGUAGUGGAUAUAAAAUGCAAAAUUAUGAAGAAGGCUUUGACAAUGAAGAACAAAUCUUACAAAUCAUUGAAUGAUAUAAUUGAACAAGCGCAUAGUUUAUGGAAGGGUGUUCUCAGUGAAGAUUUUGUUUUCUCCUUCAGAAAUAGCCUUGAAAUAAAGGCUUAUAUGGAAAUGGAGUCGUUUGUACAAGAUGAACUUUGGCGGCUUGAAAGCAUUAUUCGUGAUAAAUUGAUACAAAUUUCUCAAAACGGCUUCGCUACAUGUAAUCGAAACGAAAACUUACGAACUGUGGCAGAUAAUCUGACAAGCGGACUCAAUGAAUGUCUUAUUAAUGAAAAAAUCCAAACUGAAGCGAAUAUUGAAACUUAUUUUGACGGAAAUAAAUAUAAAGACAUCAUAAUUCAAUGGAAGAAUAUUCAGCAAACACGUGUGACCAUACUUUGCGAAAAACUACAACAAAUCAUAAAAGGACAUGUAGAAAAAAGUCAAAUGAAAAGAUCAUUGGAAAUCCUGACAGACACAUGUCAAGAAAAGCAUAAAGAGGAGCUUAGAAAAAAUUCAAUGGAUGUUGCAAAUCGGUACAAAGGUCAGAAACUAAGUAGCCAGAAAAUAGAUGAGCUGUUCAGUGCAAUUUGGGAGAAAACAUUUCUUGAUAACGUUGAUACUUCUCCGACAAGUACAGAGAAACACAGGAAAAAAAUGCGAAUCAUAUUUCGAACAUGCCUUGAGAAUAUAUUUAAGAAACAUCUUGCUUUGCUUAAGGAAGCUUUGAAACAAACUGUCGAUUUAACACCAUUACCAAAUGUGAAACAGUUAGCUAACUCGUUUAAUGAAACAGAAAUAAAUGAUACAGAUAUAAGCUUUACAAUAUUUCAAAAUAUCAAAUCAGCAGUUGGAUGGUCCGAUACAAUGAAAUAUGUCAGAGACAGGGUUAACCAAAUUUUUGCAUCAGUUGAUGGAAAGAUCAAAGAGCUAUGCCAAGUUAAUGAUGAAGUAACGGAAAUGUCUGUUAACAAAUUAUUGCACGAGCUUGAUUCUAGCAUACAAGCAAUCUUAACAGGAGAGAGUAAAUAUAAUUUUAAAAAGACAUUUUAUGUGAAAAUCUAUGUACAUGUUAGUAGGCAUGUUCAUCCAAUUUUCGAAAGUCAUAACGACAUGUAUUUCAAAACGCAUGGCACUGCAAUCAUUCUUGAAAAAUAUAGAGAACAACAGAAAAUAAGUUUUGAAUCUCAUUUGCGAUGCCGCCAAGUUGAAGAUAUAGUCGCAAAACUUUUUGCUCAUGUCAUAGAGAGUUUUGCAGAAGAAUGGACAUCUCAAAGUAUGCCAAACAAAGUUACGGAUAAAUUACUUGCUAAACUUCCGGACGUAAAAAAUAGAGUCAUAAUUGUAAUAUGCACAGAUCUUUUGAAGGAAGGAAACUUUAAAAAUUUUGUCAAAUAUAUAGUGGAUCCACAUAUGUAUGCAAGUUCAUGGAUAACUGAAAAGGCAAAUCAGUGUCUAGAUGAUCCAAAGGAGCCUGUUAUUGCUAGUACUGCAUCCUCGUUGCUUAUCGAAAUAUUUGGCACCGUCAGUAAAUGCGUACAAGAGGUCAAAAGGAAAUAUGAUGGGAAAUCUCCGCCCUCCAUUGGCACCUGGUUAGAAUAUUUUCAAAACUUAAUGACAUCGUCAUAUUAUUGUAUUCCAUCUGAACGUUUCCGGAAUGUAAGACAAGAAACAUCGUCUAGUAUAGAAAAUGUGGAAUACUUGACAACUACAAUUUUAGAUAAUUUGAGAAAAUCUGAAGAGAAACUUGCUGCUAAAUUCAAAUUACAGACGAGUCGUUCAGUUACAUGGGCAGGUUUUAAUCCCAUAUCUCGCAUUAUUAAGAAAGUAUGGGGAUGCAAAGAACAAUGCUCAUUUUGUGGAGAGCCAUGUGCCAAGAGUCAGGAUCAUGGAGACUCUAAUCAUUAUAGUAUACAACAUCGCCCUUCAUGUUGCAAGGGUAUUCGUAACACUGGCACGCAAAAUGCAUGUUUAUCAUCAUGCGAGUUUGAUAUUCAGUCAGAUUUAUCACAUACGUGCGGAGUUUUCAAUUACAUUUGUCAUGCCGGCAAAAGAAAAUAUUGUGGUAAAACACAUUUAUAUAGGGACUACAAAACAUACCUUCCAAAUUGGGACAUAGCACCAACAUCUAAUAUGCAUGACUCAUCUAAAUAUUGGAUGUGGUUUGUAGCGACAUACAAAGAUGAACUUAAAAAUCAUUAUAAUUAUAAAAUUGAUCAUAUUCCUUCUUCAUGGAAAAAUAUCACCAAAUCAGAGGCACAACAGAGUCUGGAAAAAAUAUACUCUGCUUAACGAGCCGCAAAAGAAAACAAAAAAAUCAAUUAGUGGCUUUUCAACUUGCUACUCCAAAAAUGUAAUUAGAUUAAACAGAAAUAUGUCAUAAACAGAAAAAUGAUUCCUCAGCUAGAAGCAAUGAAUUGUUUUAAGAACUAGGUUAACCAAAAAUGUAUCACGUUUAUCAUUAAGCCAUCCAUGUUAACAUAUCUUAGCAGCAAAUAUAAACAAAAGAGCGGCAGUAAAUAUAAUGAUCUUUAAAGGCGAUAUGAUAUACGUAAAAAAAUGCAGAAAAAAACAUUUUAAAAAUGAAUUAAUCUUUUAAUUCAGUCGUUAACGAUGUACAUACAUUAAAAGUAUUGUUUACGUGACGUCACAAUGUAGCGCCAAACAGCACGUGCAGAAACAAUUAAAUCAAUAACGUUAUUUCAAUGUCGCAAACUAGUUUCAUUUCACAUUUAUUUCGCUAUUAAUACUUUGUUUUUUUGCUUGAAAAAAAUAUAGAUUUAAAUAAAAUAAACAAGCUAGGUUUUAUCAACGUUUUCAAAAUUCAUUAUUCUCAAAAUGUUUCUUCACAAUGUAGAUUUGAAAGUUUUUUCAACCCACUGUCCAGAAGAGCCUUUAAAAGGGCUUUCUAUUGGAAACUGAGGCUAAAACAAAUUUAACCACCAAACAUAAAGUCUACCUAUAUAAUUAUUAUUAUAUUUUUUCCUGACGCGUUAGAAUGGAACUAGAUAUUAAUUUUUCUUGCAUUAUUGUAUUUUCUAACACGACCCGCAUUUUUCCCUAUUGAACAUAGAAGAACCGAAAGUGUGUGUUUUUAUGCUAUAAAAUCACUAUUUGACGGUCUAUAUUUAGACACGUGACGUAAUCAUUGUACACGUGACGUAACCACUAAAAUGUGGCACGCUGCCAAUGAGUACGGACACAAAUCAGGCGCAAUUAAGCUAAGCAUUAGGUUGGGCAGCAUUUAUUUGUUGAUGUCGAGUUAGAAUCGAAAUAAUAUAUCCAAAUCGGUGAUUUUAUUGCUUGAUAACAUCAUUGUCGUUCGGAUGCGCAUCAUGAUAACACUCAGGCUACGCCCUCGUGAUAUAAUUCCAUGCAUCCGAACUAAAAACAGAGAUUUUAUUGAGCAAUAAAUUCACAGUUUGGGAUAUAUUAUUUCUUAAAUAAUGCAUGUUUUUCGUUCGUUAUUAAUCACUCAUCGUGAUUAUGUUACUACGCAUUUGAACUCAAACCGUGCAUUAUUCUACAACAAAACACUCUCAGAACUGAAAUAUAUUUCAUAAUUUUAUCUUGAUCUUAAUGAUAAGUUUAUGUUAUUUAAUUUAGCCUAAAAUUUUCUUGAUUGAAUAUUUCUAUAAAUUUGCAUAUGCUGUAUUUAUUAUUUUUAAAAUGUGUGUUAGGGUCUAAUAUAAUCUUGUUUAAUUUGUUUGAAUUAAAAAGCAUAACAAUAUUAGAUGGCUUAUUCUAAUGCAUUAUCAUAAUGAAAAUGUUGAUGUUUUUUUUAAUUUGAAUCGCCCAUUGUACAUCACUUGUUUCAGAGAUUGUGUUUUAUUGUUUGUGUGUGAUUUGAAUUUCUUUUAUAUAUAAACUGAUAUAUGUACAUGUAUUUGUUUUGAUGACGAAAUUUGUACUUUAUGUCAUAUCGCCAUUUAUGCUUCAUUUUCAAAAAAUCUUCUUAAUUAAUACAAUAGGUUGAGUUUUGAAAGCAUGUAUUUUUGACUGACUAGAUAGAUCAUCAGAUAUGUGUUAAAUAAUAAGUUUUUUCGUUGUUUACGUUCUUUCCUUUUUAUUAAUGAUUAACAUUACAAAUAUAUCUUAACAUUGAAAAUCUAUCCGUUAAACUUAACAUAGAAUAACUGACAUUAUGUAAGUGUAUUAGAUUACAAAGUUUACGAAUUUGAGCUGCAAUUAUGAGCAAAUAUUUGAAAGCUUGUUAGACAUUUCUAGUUUAUCACCUGUCUUUUAGUAAGGAUAUAAUAUAUAAUGGUCUUCUUUUGAUAAAAUAUUUUAAAAUCUAGGAUAUUCUCACUGAAUACGUCAGAAUGCAAAAUUAUCUUUUAGAGAAAGCUGCAUUAUUUUAUUUUUAAAGUCAAGCUAAUUUGGCCCUUAAUUUGAAAAAUACCUACCAGAUAGAUUAAACUAUUUAUUAAUUCAUAAUGUGUGUACCUGUGGUGUGCAGAGGUUUAAACUUAUUUUCUUUGUGUGUACUACAUGAAAAUUCUUCUUACGAUUCAAGAGAAACUGUAUAGCAAUUAUCAAUAUGUUCAAGCAUCAAAUUUGAACGUAAUAUAUCUUUAAGCUUUAUAUUUAUGUGCUUUUGUUUUGAAGUUGGUUUUGAAGAUUUAAACCAAUAAUCGUUCCUCUUUUUGGUACAGUGUUUUCAAAUAAAUACAAAGAAUUGUGUCCCUUUAGAAAUUCAUAUCACGUAGUAUACUCGUAGUAUAUAGUAUUUUAAAGAUUGUUAGAAAAUAUUUCUGUAUGUUAAUCAGAACAGAAUAAUUGGAAGACUGAAGAUAAAAAAUAAUCACCUUGUAUGUUUUGUUUGUUUGCGGUAAUAAUAAGUUAUGUUUUUUUGAAAUCUUAAGUUAAAGUUUUCAAAUCACAACAACGAGAAUGUCAUUCAAUCGAAUACAUUAAACAUUUUAUUUAGAUUGCAUUUAUUCAUUAAAAACAUUUUAGAAAUCAACGAAAGAAUUACAGAUUACCAGAUUGAACGGGUGUUGUCUUUUGUACUUAAAAAUAAAAUGUGUGCGUGUCAA